AGUAUACCUGCAACAAAUGCACACGUUAAUUUUUUUAAUAUGACGAUUCAAUUUCUUACGAAAGUGCUCUGUAAAAACUCAACUAAUCUAUAAAAGCAUGUUGGAUGCACAAAGAAACCCUUUGAUCAAACUUUAAGCUCUAAGUUGAUGCGCAAUGAAUGUCAUUUAAAGCUACUUCGAAAUCGACCAUUCGAAGUGCAACAACCUAAUAUAAUGGUUUAUGAAAUAGUAGCAUCUUAAUGGAUCGUAAAAAUGAAGUUAUUAAAGUUCAGUGAUGCACUGGAAUCCCGCUCAGUGCGUGGUCAUGGCCACUUCGAUUUCACCAAUUAAAACGUACGAGCAAUGCAAACGAGUGUAAUGAACGAGCGAGCAUGUUGCCAACAGGGCGUUCGACGCACAUGUUUCCCCUAAUUUCGGCAUGAAAAUGGCAUCGAUUUAAAUUACUCGACGGUCGUAUAUUCGUUCUAAAUUCCUGUUCUUAACGCAACUGAACCCAACCUCCAACAUCCAUCACCAUUAACGAUGAGUCCCGGAAGGAUGAAUCCAUCAACGAUCUCGUUCAACUCAGAAACUAUAACAAACGGAUAGCCUCGAAUGGUAGGAUGAACGAGUGUUUCGCGAGACUGUCACGAAGGCGAGUCGAGCAAGAGGAAUGGAUGAACUGUUAUUUCCGGAAGCUGGCUUCCCUGUACAGAAAGUCACCGUGCCUAUGGAAGAAAGACACACGGUAUUAUCUCGAUGGCGGGCACAGGCAUCGAGCUUACGCCCGUAUUCACCGAGCCAUGGACGUGCCGGGGCUGACUUUCGUCGAGAUCAUCUUGAAAAUUCGUGAAAUGCGACGGCACUACGUGAACGAACUGAAAAGAUUGCUACGAGCAAAGUCUAAUGGCCAUUGCUACCGGAUCACGGUUCCCUGGUUCUACGAUUUGCAUCGAUUCCUUUAUCCCUACCUGGAUUACGACGAGGCGGUCGAGUUACACAACGCAGACCAAACUGUCGCCGAACUGAGGGAAACUAACGAACACGAUGGAAAUCCUUCAAACUGCAGUUGCGUCGAUUGCCCGUUGUUAGACAGGAACGAUCGGAUCGUGAAUUUCUUGCCGUGUACUCGAGGUUCCUGCACCCUGAACUCGAUCAGUUCCCCCGUUGUUUCGUUGCCAGAGGUCAAGACUCGCCCCCGAAGUUGCUCUCGUUCCUGCAGCAAAAUCAAUGACACGAGCAAACAGCUGAAUUGUCCGUAUAAAAAGCUGGAACAUCACGGAGACUCGACGGAACAGGUUGAUCGAUGAUGCAACCGUGGUUAACCCUUUAAAUUUUAUAUCUAAACGAUUGUUAUUAACGAACAGGAGGAGUACCACGAAUUUACCAUUUGCGGAUUACGUAGCGAAUCAUCGAGCGAUCAUUCUUACGAGACUGAUUCCGAUCAGAUAGAUGAUUAUUCGAAAACCAUUUCUUGUUACUUGAGAAAGCUAGACAAGCCGGUCGCACUUGAAUCGAGGGAAAACACCUCAAUGUUUCCAUCUUCUAUGAAAAGAGUUUGUUGGAAGUAAAGAAAAUCUCUGAGGCAGAUCCAUCGUCGAAUGUGAAGAAGAAAAAGUUAGGGUUCGUUUGGCAGCUUCAUGCGUAGCAGGUAACUCUCAUAAAUAUUGCAAAAAACGUGGCGGCGUGAGUAGCUCGCGAUUCGCAUGAAUAUCUAACAGCAAAAAGCUUCGAUCGAAGACUGAAUUCCGUCGUAUAUCAUGGUUGUUGCGCGCGGAUGGUAUCGAUCCGGCUUUGGUAGACCGCAGCGUUACGAUUAGUAUUCAGCCGGUGUCGCAGUCGGCCGGUCGGACAAGGACGAGGCUGGCAAGAUUUGCUCUGGCAAAACGGAGGAUGCGUGCCACGCAGCCUGUAAUACUGAUAACGGAUUAUCCUUUGAUCAAACCUUAUCUUAGAAAAAAACCACACGCUCUGAACAUUGUCGAAAUUGAAACGCCAUUAGACAAACUUUGUAUCGAUUCCUUGAAAAUUUCUAAAUCGAUCGAUCAACGCCAAGAGUACCGAGACAAGAAACUUUUCCAAUCAGAAAACGAGUUUAGCAAUAAAUUCAGGAAAAGACA